AAGCGAUGGCUCAGGCUAUGCAGAACCAACCGAAUGCUGACGAGAAUGCUGGAUCUCGUAGUUUGGCGACUUUCCAAAGGGAGAAUCCGCCGGUGUUCAAGGGUACGCAUGACCCUGAUGGUGCUCUUGAUUGGUUGAAGGAGCUCGAGCGAAUCUUCCGUGUUAUGGAUUGUACUCCUGCUCAGAAGGUCAGAUAUGGCAUUCAUAUGCUGGCUAAGGAAGCUGAUGAUUGGUGGUUGGAGACACUUGCUAGGUUGGAGUUUUCAGGUGAGGAAGUCACUUGGAAUGUGUUCCGCAGGGAAUUUCUGAGGAAGUACUAUCCUGAAGAUGUUCGGGGUAAGAAAGAGAUAGAAUUCCUAGAGUUGACGCAAGGGAACAAGUCUGUGACCGAGUAUGCUGCCAAGUUCACUGAGUUGAUUAAGUUCUAUCCUCACUUUGAUGGCGAAGGUGCUGAAUUUUCUAAGUGCAUCAAGUUUCAGAAUGGGUUACGCUCGGAAAUCAAGAAGGCUGUUGGGUACCAAAAGAUCCGUUUGUUUUCUGAUUUGGUUGACAGUUGUAGGAUCUUUGAGGAAGAUAGUAAUGCUCAUCACAAGAUGGUUAGUGAUAGAAGGGGUAAGAAUCAACAAAGCCGUGGGAAACUGUAUGAUGCUGGUAAAGGGAAACAAAGAGUUACUCAUGGUCAGAGGUCUAGUGGGGGAGAUGCUCCUGCUAGGAUUGUAUGCUUCAAGUGUGGUCAACCUGGUCAUAAGAGCAAUGCUUGUACUGCUGAUGCGAGGAAGUGUUUCAGAUGUGGUAAGAUGGGACAUGCAAUGUCUGAUUGUAAGCAUAAGGACAUGGUAUGUUUCACGUGUGGCGAAGAGGGACACAUUGGUAGCCAGUGUCCAAAGAAGAAGGCACAAUCUGGUGGAAAGGUGGUUGCUUUAGCUGGGACUCCUACAGCUAGUGGAGACCGACUCAUCAGAGGUAAUCCAGAUGAGUAGCUGUUUCCGCUUAUAGUCGAGUUUUGGGUGUCAUUGCUCUGAUACGUAGCACUUGGGGGGAAAUAAACACUUGCUUGAUGUUGUUAUUUGCUUAUUGAACCUUAUGAUGUAUUUGAGGAUUUGUUUGUAUUGUUUCUUUUUAUGAUUCAAAAGAUGUUAUGUCUUAAUUGUUGGAUCAUUGUGAAUCUGUUGCAUGUUGAACCUAAGUUGGGUUAUGCUAUGAAUACUAUGUUAUUCAAAAGUUGAGAUAUAUGUUAUAAGUUUUGUUCACUCCAAUCCUGAUAGUGUUAUGUAUUAGUUUAAAAAGCAUGACAGGUUUAUGUUUAUGUUGAAUGUGUGACAUCCUGAUUCUGUUUGAGAAUUUUUAUACUCUGAUAUUUUCCGCAUAAAUGCUUGGGGUAGAUUUAGGGUGUUACAGUAUGCCACUUCACCUAUCCUUUCCGAAAUCUGAUAAGGACCAAUGAAACGCGACGUUAAACUAUGCAACCCGUCACUGGCGUAACUCGAAGAAACACAUGAUCAUCCUUCUCAAACUCGAGAGCCUUCCUCCUCUUAUCAUGAUAACUCUUUUGACGACUCUGAGAAGCCUUCAUCUUCUCUUGAAUCAUCUUAAUCUUAUACGUUGUCUCUUGAAUCAAUUCGAGUCCAACCACAACACUCUCUCCCGAUUCGUACCAACACAAAGGAUUUCUACACCUUCUACCAUAAAGAGCCUCAAAAGGUGCCAUUCCAAUACUAGAAUGGAAACUGUUAUUGUAUGUAAAUUUGAUCAAAGGAAAGAAAUUAUCCCAAUUCCCUCCUUGUUCCAAAACACAAGAACUCAAAAGAUCUUCAAGCGAUUGAAUAGUCCUCUCCAUUUGACCAUCGGUUUGCGAAUGAUACGCCGAACUCAAACGCAACUUCGUACCCAAGGCACUUUGCAAACCUUUCCAAAAUCUCAAAGUGAACCUCGGAUCUCUAUCCGAAACAAUACUCGACCGAAUAUCAUGCAAACACACAAUCCUCUCGAUGUAAAACUUAGCAAGCCUCUCCAUCGAAUAAUCCAUUCUCAUCGGAAUAAAAUGAGCAUAUUUCAUCAACCUAUCCACAACGACCCAAAUCACUUCACAAUUACCCGAUGUUCUCGGUAAACCCAAAACGAAAUCCAUAGAAAUACUAUUCCAUUUCCACUCAGGAAUAGAUAACU